ACCACAGAAGAAGUCCCGUCUCCUGGAGACGCAGCUGAGCGUCCCUGUGCUGAACGUGUGAGGAUGCUGCCACUGGAGCGUCUCCGUCUGAAAGAUGUCCUGCAGACAGUGUGUGUCCUGGAGUCGGUCAUCCUUCACAGUUUCGGUCCUGAAGGAGGACAGGUGCUGUUCACUCGAGACACAGGACAGGCGAUGUUGAGUCGAAGUGGGACACAUGUACUGACAGCCCUUCACUUGCAGAAUCCUGUGGCCAGGUUUGUGGUGGAGUGUGUCAGGAAGCACAGCGCUGCAACAGGCGAUGGAUCCAAAACCUUUAUCUUACUGCUGGCGUCAUUACUAAGGAUGAUUCAUGCUGCAGCCAGCAAGGAGCCCCACUCGUCUCAAUCCUAUAACUCCAGAGAAGCCGCAGAGACAGCCUCAGCCAGGUGUUUAGCUGACAAACUGCUCGCGUUUGCGUCAAGGGAGUUGGAUGAUAUCAUCAUUACAGAAGUGCUGCCUUAUGGGUGCUGUGUUUCUUGGGAUGACUUCACUGCCAAAACACAAUCCUCAAAUCAAACAAACAAUCUGUAUGUUCAAACGCUGCUGGCUUCUUUUUUUCAUACCCGUCUCAGUCACCUGCACUGUGACUUUAUGAGUAACCUCUUGUUUGAUUUUCUGAAUUGCUGGAAGUUUAAAAAACGUCUACCCUCCUUCUCAGUUCAGUAUUUAAAUGACAAAUUCCCUGCACUGCACACACCUGUAUCAGGCUUUCCUGUCAGUGCUUCACAUCUGAUUGACGGGCAGGUCAUUCACAGGGACUUUGCAACACCAGUUCCUCAUAAUUAUCAGCAACCUGUUAAAGCUGUCGUUGUUACGGGUUGGCUCCAGUCAAAAAUCCUAGAUCAAGGAGAAAUACUUGAUUUGGGGGCCGCUGGUGCAGUGGAAGACAACAGCAUCUUGCAUUUUAACACCUGGAAUGAAAGGUCACUAGAGUGUAUUAUCGCAAAAUUGCGAACUUUGAGGGUCUCCUUGCUUCUGUGUGCAGUGAAGCAGUCUGCUGCCACUCUGGCCUUAGCCACACAGGCUCAGAUUUGCGUUGUGGAGUGUGUCAGUGAAGAUGAGCUUUCUGUUUUUGCUCAGCUAAGUGGAGCCACUCCGGUCUCUGACUGUUGGAUCAUCGGGCCAGAGCAUGUUGCUACACUUUCCUUUUGCAAACCAAUACAGCUGGGAGCCCACAGGUAUGUCCACGUAGCUUUCCACGAUUCAGAAGAAAUGAUCAAGGUCAGUCCCUGUAGUCUGGUACUUUGUGGACCAGGAGAAGAGCAAACCAACCAGUACACAAGUGCAUUUCGAGACGCCAUCUGCAUGUUACUCACAACCUGUGAGCCCCUACCUCUGACUGUAAACACAACAUCAAGGAGAAAACUGACAUCUGUUUUUGGCAGAUCUGAACAUGAAGACCGUCAGACUGACAGCUCAAGUACAAUUUCCCACCACAAGCAAGUGUUGGAGACAGGUUGUGUGAUGCCUGCAGGUGGAACAUUUGAGUUUGUCUUACACCAUGCCCUUCGAAAACACAGCCACGACUGCUCAAUUUCAGUUUCUGCAGAGACGCCUAUUGCUGUUUCUCAGCUACUGGCAAACGCCCUGCUGAGCAUCCCUCGUCAGAUUUACUCUCACAGUCGGCGAGGCUUCCUGGAGACUCAAACCAGGGUCAUCGGUUUUCUUUUAAAUCAUUCCCACCUUUUAGGCCUCAUGCCUAAACAUGAACGCAACACCAGUUCUGCACAUAGAGACGAAAGUAAACCGAGCUCACAUUGUUCCGGAGCGGAUGACGUGCCAUCAGAAGAUUCUACGUUGGACCUGGGCCUUGAAUCCGUCUCCUGUAAAUACCAGUUGCUCCUUAAUGUGCUGCAGUGUCUAGCAGGUCUCCUUCGGGUGGAUGCCAUUCUCCACACUCCUCACAGUCACUCACGCACACUCACACACACUUCCUGGGAGGACCCAGAGGAUGAGGACGAGAUCUGAGAUUGUCAUUUUACAAACACAAGGAGCAUUAGUAUGUCUUCUCCCCAGAUUUACUCAGGUACUGUUUAAAACUCAGACCGCUUGACUAAAGAAAUGUUCAUAGACCUGUAUUGUCUAUUCUAUUUUAACACAAGGUUUUUACAUUCCUGCAGAGCACUAAAUUAUUUUUCCUGGUG